AUGGCCGAGUUUACAGCACAUUUACGAAGGCUAAAACCUUCUCAGCCUUUCAUACAGAUGGAUAUGAACAUGCAAUUGCUGAAGCAGCUUCCAAAGCUCAAUCCAAGUACCUCAGAGAAUUUCAGUGCCACUGACUGCUCAGUAGACUCUUUCUUGGCCCACCACCAACCACCAAUUGAAUUUCUAGCACGGUUUGAUCACAAUGGUCUUCCAAGUGCUUUCCAUCACUCUGAAAUCUUGAAUUCAGCAACAAUUGUUCAUGCUGCCACUUCCACCUCAAGUCAAAAUGUUUUCCGUGACAGCUGCAAGAAGAGAAAAGCAGAGGCACAAUCAACCAGUGGUUCCAAGAACAUUUCUCGCACAGCCUCUACUACCAAUACAAAGAAAAAGAAUGCGUGUCUGUAUUUAGUCUUUGACGUUUUUCAGAAGUUAGGCAGAGGUAAAAAAGAGAAGAACAAAGAGAAAGAGGUGGAUAAAGCAGAAGAAGUUAUUCAUGUUAGAGCAAAAAGAGGCCAAGCUACUGAUAGUCAUGGUCUAGCAGAAAGGCAUGUAGGGCGUAAAGAUUGUCACAAGAACAAAUCUCCAAAGAACAAUAAAGGGUUAAUCCAAAACCUCAACAAGAAAGAGAUAAAAGUAAGCAAAGAAGCUUUAUUGAAAAUUGAAAAAAUAAACAAAGUUACAAAAUCUGAAUAUAAUGGGGGCUAUUGA